AUGGGUUAAAUUCAUUGCACAAAAAAUUAUAUAUUUUAGAUUAUCUUAUUUCUCUCUUGAAGAAAGAAAAGAAUUGGCACGGGUAGAUUUUUUUUAAGACGAAACCUUUGAUCGCAAAUUUUUGCAUGUACGCGCUAAACGAAUGCCGUAUUUCAUAUAAUGAAAAAUAAAGUCUUCUUUCGAGUGAAAGAGAUUUAAAUCAGUCUGGCAUUCAAAUACGGAUUUUUACAUAAAUAUGGUUGGGAAGAAGAAUGUGGACUUGCGCGAAGGCAGAUAUACCCCGUGCUUUUGCGUGGCAGUUUCAGUGCAUCAGCGCGAGGCCCGCGCACAUCGUUACCGAGUCCGCGGGCUGAGUCCGCGCACAUCGUUACCGAGUCCGCAGUUGGUCCGCGACCGAGUCCGCGGGUUAGCCAGUCGUGGAGCGAAUCGAUCGGCGAAUUAGAAGUGCACGCGUCGAUCGGAUUCGAACGGCCGAUCACGGAGACGAACGAGACCACAUCGUGGAGAGCCGAGAGAAGGGAAACGAAGGAAAAAAAGGAAGAAAAAGAGAGAAGGGAGAAAAGAAGAAAGGAAAUCUUUGUUGUUCAGUUGAGUAAUCAAGUUAGAAGGGAAUAUCGGAAGAGAUCGUUAGAUCGAUCGUUAGAUCGAAGCGACGACGAAAUCGCAGUUGCGAAGCCAGAUCGCCGAUCGCGAUCGUACGCUUGUGAAUCGGCAACGGACCGGUGUUUGCGGUCAAUGAAGGCACGUAAGAGCCGCGAGAAAAACGUAGUCGCAAGACGUAGAAUGCAAACAUCCCUUUCUGUAUUGAUCCUUCAAACUCAGCUUUACAGCUUCUUCGGUCAUCUCUCUUUGACAGAAUUAAUAUUCAUUCGUACCUUACAUAGUUCAGUGAUCGUAAUUUUAGCAGCGAUCAAUGGGAAGCUUCUACCUUAGUCGCAAACAAGCCAGAUGACAUUUCGCUAAUUGAACAUGAAUCGAACGUUCUUUUUUUUUCUUUUUUUUUUUUAGGCUUUGCAUCAAAUGUACGUAGAAACAACACGGGAAACAGCAUGA